CACCUGUUAGUGGACGUGUCGACAAGCCACAGUAGCGCAAUUCUUAGUUGACAGAGUGAAUAUUUAAUAGUUCAGCGUGGUGUUCUUUCAUCGUAUACAUUGCUUAUUUGUACGGAACAUAUAUGAAGAAUAACUGGUUUCUUGUGGUUGAAUUAAGCUCGCGUAGGAAGCUAACAGUCGAUUAUUUUGCUAACUAGCCAACCAAGCUAAACUGUGUGUUUGUAAAACCAGGACGUGGACGAGCUCAAACCAUGACGAGUUUUGCCAGCAAAGUGUUUUGUCGGGCCGAGAAGCUGUGUUACCACCUGCCCGUGUUCCUGAAUACGUUCUUGGUUUUCUCGAUUACCGGAGAGGUGAGCUAUCUGGUGCUGGUUGAAGCUCCGCUGGAGGCGGAACAGAAGAAGACGGCGUGGUCCUCUUGGUGGAAGGGGACCCACCUGCUGGCUCAAUAUUUUAUGCUGGGGAACAUCUGCUGGAACGCCCUCCUCUUCCUUAAAACUAACCCCAGCAUCAAAGGGGUGUUCCUUGGGGGAGAUGGCCUGGGUCAGGGGUGGAGGUACUGCUACACAUGUGAGACACACACUCCUCCGCGCUGCUCCCACUGCUAUGACUGCAAGGUGUGUGUGUUGCGGCGGGAUCACCAUUGCGUUUUCUUUGGCCAAUGUGUCGGCUUCCGUAAUUACCGCUACUUCCUGAGCUGCUUGCUGUUCAUGUGGUCGGGACUCCUGUACGCCAUGCUGAUGAAUGCAGAGGUCUUCAUAGUCAUUCUGAAGGAGGGUGUGACAGUGCACAGUGUCCUGCUGUUGCUCAUACCCUGGAUCAUGCUUGUGUCAGGUCAGGUCUCGGCCCGUGCCUUUGCUUUCGCCUUCAUCGCUGACACAUGUGUGGUGGGUUUCCUGCUGGUGUCCGCCUUCUUCUUUUUCCAUCUCUUCCUGCUGUUUCGAGGUCAGACCACCAGGGAGUGGUACUCAUCCCGCCGUCCCUACAGUCUGGGACUCCUUGGAAACCUGCGUCACACACUUGGCCUCCGUUGGUACCUCUGCUGGCUCUGCCCACUCAUCCCAUCACCGCUGCCUGGAGAUGGAUUAAACUUCAAGGUCACAGGGUCACUGGAACCGACCCGGUAACAGAUGGAGGUCUGAACAGGCUUUGAUGGGUUUAUUUUAUUAGUGAUGGUUAGUGGGUUGUUUUUGUGGAAAAGAAGCAGGGACAAUUACCUCAGUAAUGGGAGAGGUAGCUUGGGAUGGGGUGAUGCUUAAAUGCUGUGAUGCUGUUUAGAUGUUACGGGUUGUCAACAUCUGCACGCAUCUUCUGUAACUGUUAGCUAUGCUGAGACAGUAAGGGUGUUAUUGUGAAGAUGUAUUGAUCUUUGAGCUUAAGGUAAUCUGUGCACUGAUUGAGGCUGGCCUCAGAAUAUUACACAGUAAUGAACAAGGUUCUUUAGGAACACUAAGCACUGAAAUAAGAAUGUAUUUUACUGAUCCAAAAAAGGAAAAUGUAGAAUUACAACUGUUCUUUAAGAAGGAUUAAUAGCCCCUGACAGUGAUUUCUGGGGAAAAUAGACUCUUGGUUGUGGUCUGUCUAUUUUGGUUUUUUGCAAACAAUUCAGCUUUCUGAAUCUCAAUCUCAUUGCAACGUGUUUUCUAUUGUUCCGGAUUAGAUCACAGGAUUAUAAAUAUGUUUUCAUUAGCCUCCUGUUUGUUGUUGGACUUCGGCAGCUGGGAUGUUGAUGUAUUUGUGUUGUCCACUUGGUAAACAUCCACUGCUGAGCUGCAGCUAUGGCAACGAACGGGGGUUCACAAGGAUGUCUUAACACCUACGGGACAACAAACCCUCGAAAAACACUCAGAAAUGGUACACGGUUUAUAACCUUGUGUUUCAGUUUACAAAUUAAUGUAAUAUCUUCUGGUAAAUACAGUAUUCAGAAUUUAUAUGAUGCUGAUGUGUAAACGUCUCAUCGUUUUGUUUAUGUUUUAGUCUGUAAGGGACUUGAGCAACACCGUGUCUUAAUGUUUUAUUACAUGCUAACAGCAUGCUAAUCUUUAAAGUCUCUUCUCUUUGCAGGCUGAAUAAUUCAACUAAACAGUUUUUUUGUUUUGUUUUGUUUGUUUUGUUUUUCCCAAAGUUGCUCUCUUUUACAGUGCUUUUUGUUUACAGUACAUGUCAUUGCAUCACCUGCCUCAGUUAUUGCGUAAUAUGGAUUUGAGACUGUGCUGUGUUUAUUAUUCCACUUGAUGCCAACAGAAAUCAAAUGAUUUCACUUAAUUUCUUUUUUUAUUUGCACCUUUGCUAUUUUAAUUUAAAUUCUUCUUUUUGGAUGUUUGAGAGCUUGUUGCUAAAUGCAAAUUAUAGCAAAAAGCAGCAAAAAUUCUUAAAUGUGUUCAUUGUUUUGAUGUGUCCCUUUUUAUGUUGAGUUUCCUUUUGAAAGCUUAUCAAUAAACUAUAUGAAAUGAGGUGUAAGAUUUGCUGUGCUUUAUAUACAUUAUAUUUGAAACUGAAAAGAAUUUUGUGCCAUAUCAUGUUAAAUACCCAUGUUUCAAUUAUCUACACAAUAAAUUCCUACUCAUA